AUGCGUGCAGCGAGUGCUCCUGCAGAGGAUAGCCUCGUGAUGGGCCUGAUCGAGGACCUCAACGGCCAUCUGCAAGAAGCGGUCCACCAGCUCUCCGCGGAGCUGACGACUGCCAGAAACGUGAUCAAUACCCAACAGGGCCUCAUUACUACUCUCAACGCUAGGCUAGAGAGCCUUGAAACCUACGUGAACGCGCUACAAAGCCGUCAGAUCCUACCACUCGACCCCUUCACUGCAACGCGUGAGGUUGCGGCGCACGGGCCACCGCCAAGAGCCGCUUCCACGGGAGGCUUAGCGUCCACCCCAAUACAGCUAGAUGCCGCGCCUGAGAGCCGCGCGAUAAACUCAACCGCACCUCAGCCGCAGCCGCGAUAUCAGAAUCCAACAAAGGCUACGAAGCAAGCCAUACAGCCACCUGAGGGCCCUAAAAAGGUACCUGGAACCGCCGCGAAGACCACUAAACAGCCCGAAACUACCGCUAAGCCACUGACCAAGCCCGCACCUACGAAAUGGGCCGCUAUUGCCGCGAAUAAUACCCAAUCUAGAGGAUGGAAAACCGUCCAGUAUAAGAAACAGGCCUCAGCACCCUCUAAGGCUCUAUCGAUAACUGACUUGAAGCCUGUGAGUACCCGGAGCAAGGAGGAAAGACACCUCAUCUUUAGACGACAAUAUCCUAAAGAUGCUCCGACCGCAUUGAAAGCUGAUGUUCUCUUGGCCCUUAACCGUGCCCUUGCAAAGGCAGGUUUUCCUGACUUUGUAAGAGCAGUCGAUUCUGGAUACGCGGCCUCAGGAGCCUUGACGGUGCUCCUUGAGCGAGGAACUCGCAGCAGCACCCUCGUACCUGCUUAUAACGAUACUCUACUAGCCGCUGCAGUGCCUGUGGAUCGCUACAUGUACAAUGACCAAGGCUUAGGACUAGCCCAGGAAGAGAUUGAGUUGGGAACACCUUACAGGCUGAAACGAGAGCCAACAUGGCUCAAGAGAGCUAAGACGAUACAGGCUAGCAACCAGAGAUUUGCCACGAUUGUGAUCACAGUAGGUUCUUUAGAGGAAGCUCGAACACUGAUCAAUAAAGGCAUCAAGUUUGGAGGCCGACACCAUCGAGUAGCCCCUUAUUGGGAGUCAAAUCCUGAGAGUAUCUGCCCUCGAUGCUGCGGAAUUGGCCACUCUGGCUUCAUGGCUUGUGGUGGCAAGCCUCCUAAAUGCGCGAUCUGCGCAGGUGACCAUGAGGCAAUAGAGCACUCAUGUACAGUAGUGGAUUGUAGGGUUGGGCCAGCUAAACCUUGCAAACACACAGUAAUCAGGUGUGCUAACUGCAAAGGUGCACAUGAGGCUACAUCUCCUAAGUGCCCUAGAGCUAGGGAGGCUCGUCAAAGGGCUAUCCGGAGAAUGAGGGAACAAUCCUUACAAGACCUCAUCCCAUUAGAUGAGACAUUCGCGGUAGUGCCUCCAAAACCGGUACUGACCUUGGAGGAGAGACCUGGACAGUCUCUAGAGGAGGAGAUGUCAACUCCAGAAGAAGAUGAAUUGCUGCCUGAGAUGCAAUUAGAGGCUGAUAUUCACGAGGGAAAUAGCCAACAACCACUAGAGCCAGAGCUCAAGUCAGCCACUGAAGCGCCUCAAAGUGAGGAUCUAUGA